UUCCUGUCUAGAGAGGCAGGUCUCACAUAUCCUCUGGCUCAAUUCAGGAAGAGGAAAGGAAAGGAUUUAAAAGCCAACACGGACAUGAGAAGGAAUUCACUGGGAGUUCAGCAAACUAUGAUAAAAUAGCCAGAUUGUUCUCUGACAGGUGCCUGGCACAGAGGAGGAGAACAUAGCCCCUCACCAUGCUCCAACACUUCACAUUGGUUUUUCUUGGCUUGGUUGUACAAAAUUUCUGCUCCCUGGCUGAAACCACAGGGCAGGCAAAAAGAUGUGAUAAGAAAUCUCUUCUAACAAUUAGGACCGAGUGCCAGUCCUGCCGGCUCAAUGCUGGAGUCAAGUGCCCAGAUGGUUACAGGAAGAUUACCAAUGACUCUGAAGGGGUUCGAGACUGCAGGUACACCUUCAAGGUCAGAACAUACUCUCUGUCUCUCCCUGGAUGCCGCCAUAUUUGCCAGAAGGACUACCUCCAGCCUCAGUGCUGUCCAGGCCACUGGGGCCCAGACUGCAUGGAGUGCCCAGGAGGAGCGGGGUCCCCCUGCAGCGGCAGGGGUACCUGUGCUGAAGGCAUGGAAGGAAACGGAAGCUGCUCCUGCCAAGAAGGCUUUGGCGGAACAGCCUGCGAAACCUGUGCUGAUGACAACCUGUUUGGACCCAGCUGUUCACAAGUGUGCAACUGUGUGCAUGGCGUGUGCAACAGUGGACUCAACGGUGAUGGCACUUGUGAGUGCUUCUCUGCAUACACUGGCCCCAGCUGCGACAAGCCCGUCCCUGAAUGUGCAGCCUUGCUCUGCCCAGAAAAUUCCAGAUGCUCACCUUCCAGUGAAGACGAAACAAAACUGGAAUGCAAAUGCCUUCCCGAUUACAAAGGCGAUGGCAAAGAGUGCGAGCCCAUCAACCCCUGUUUGCAGAACGUCUGCCACCCUCAUGCUCAUUGCACAUACUUGGGACCAAAUCGGCACAGCUGCACCUGCAAAGAAUUCUACCAUGGGGAUGGCCACGUGUGCCUACCAACAGACCCCUGCCAGACUAACCUCGGAAACUGCCCUACGAAGUCCACGGUGUGCAAAUACGAUGGGCCGGGACAGUCUCACUGUGAGUGUAAGGAACAUUACAACAAUUUUGUACCAGGAGUUGGGUGCAGUAUGACCAACAUCUGUGAAUCCAACAACCCAUGUCAUAAGAAUGCAAACUGUAUCACCAUCGCACCUGGCCAAACUGAAUGCACUUGCCAGAAAGGCUACGUGGGUGAUGGCUCAGUGUGUUAUGGCAAUAUCAUGGAACGACUCAGAGAAUUAAACACCGAACCCAGAGGAAAAUGGCAAGGAAAGCUGAUCUCUUUCAUCUCACUCCUAGACAAAACUUAUGCCUGGCCACUGAGUAACCUGGGACCAUUCACUGUGUUGCUGCCCUCAGACAAAGGAUUGAAAGGAUUCAAUAUAAAAGAGCUCCUGAUGGAUAAAGAAGCUGCUGAGUACUUUGUGAAGCUCCACGUCAUUGCUGGGCAGUUGAGCACUGAGAGGCUGACCACCAUGGAUACCUUCUACACCUUGACUGGGAAGUCGGGGGAAAUCUUCAGUGAUAAGGACAAUGACCUAAAGCUUAAACUCCAUGAAGCCACAAAUACAGUAAAAAUUAUAGAAGGAAACAUAAUUGCUUCCAAUGGACUCUUGCACAUCCUUGAUAGAGCCAUGGACAAGAUAGCACCCACAUUUGAGAGCAACACUGAGCUAACCAUAAUGCAAAUGCUACAACCAAGAUUCAGCAAAUUCAGAUCUUUGUUGGAGGAAACCAGCGUGGGACGUACCUUAGAUGAGGAUGGGUUUGGCAAACCAUAUACCAUUUUUGUCCCAAGUAAUGAAGCACUGGAGAACAUGAAGGACGGCACUCUGGAUUAUCUCCGUUCUCCAGAGGGUUCUCGGAAGCUUCUGGAACUUGUCCGAUACCACAUUGUCCCAUUUACCCAGCUGAAAGUGGCCGCUCUCAUUGCAACCCCUCAAAUCAGGAGCAUGGCCAACCAGAUCAUCCAGUUUCACACAGCAGUCAAUGGACAGAUUCUGGCAAAUGACGUGGCAAUCGAAGAAACUGAGGUGGCUGCUAAAAACGGGUGGAUUUACACACUGACUGGAGUCCUCAUUCCUCCCUCCAUCACCCCGAUUCUGCCCCAUCGAUGCGAUGAGAUAAAGAGAGAGAUUAAACUGGGCACCUGUGCAAGCUGUUACCUGAUAUACCAAAGCAAAUGUCCUGCCAACUCUGUGCCCACUUCACUCUUCACGCACAAAUGCGUCUACAGCAGCAGAAGGAGGAGCCUGAAGAGCGGCUGUGCCCGGUUCUGUAACGCCACCGUGAAGGUGCCAAAGUGCUGCAAAGGCUUCUAUGGGCCCGACUGCAGCCAGUGCCCAGGAGGCUUCUCGAAUCCAUGCUCGGGAAAUGGCCAGUGUGCAGAUGGCCUCGAUGGCAACGGGACAUGCAUCUGCGAGGACGGCUUCCAAGGCUCCCGCUGUCAGUUCUGCUCCGAUCCCCAGAAAUAUGGACCUCGUUGUGACCAAAAAUGCCUGUGUGCUCACGGAACGUGCGAUAACAGGAUCGACAGCGAUGGGUCCUGCCUCUCAGGCACGUGCAGGGACGGCUCCACCGGGAAGUUCUGUGACAAGCAGCCCUCAGCCUGCGGGCCUUACGUGCAGUUCUGUCACAUCCACGCCACCUGUGAAUACAGCAAUGGGACAGCCAGCUGUGUGUGCAAAGCUGGCUACGAAGGGGAUGGAAUCCUCUGUUCAGAGAUGGACCCCUGCAUGGGAUUAACCCCAGGAGGCUGCAGCCCUAAUGCGGAAUGCAUCAAAACCGGCACAGGGACACACGCCUGUGUGUGCCAGCAGGGGUGGACAGGGAAUGGAAGAGACUGCUGGGAGAUCAACAAUUGCCUGCUACCUGGCGCAGGUGGCUGCCACGACAAUGCGACCUGUCUGUAUGUAGGCCCCGGGCAGAAUGAGUGUGAGUGCAAGAGCGGGUUUCGAGGAAGUGGCAUUGACUGUGAACCAAUCGUUUCUUGCUUGGAACAAGCCAGCAUAUGUCAUCCACUGGCGACCUGUCAGCUUGCUGCGGCGGGUGUCUGGAGCUGUGUCUGCCGGGAGGGCUAUGAAGGUGACGGCCUCCUGUGCUAUGGAAAUGCAGCGGUGGAAUUGUCAUUUCUCUCCGAGGCAGCUGUGUUUAACCAAUGGAUUCAUAAUGCUUCUCUACAACCCAUGCUGUCAACCACCUGGAACCUCACUGUCCUGGUGCCAUCCCAACAAGCUAUUGAGGACAUGGACCAAGAUGAGAAGAGCUUUUGGUUGUCACAGAGCAAUAUUCCAGCCUUAAUAAAGUACCAUACGCUCCUCGGCACCUACGGAGUGGCAGACCUGCAGACUGUGUCGGCUUCUGAUGUGCUCCCAACGUCUCUGCAGGGCCACUUCCUGCACCUGGAGAAGGUGGAUGGGAAUGUCACAAUUGAAGGAGCGUCCAUUGUGGAUGGUGACAACGUAGCCACCAAUGGCAUGAUACACAUCAUCAACAAGGUGCUGGUCCCCCAAAGAGUUCUCACCGGCUCCUUACCAAACCUGCUCACCCGGCUGGAGCAGAUGCCCGACUACUCCAUCUUCCGGGGAUACAUCAUUCAAUAUAAUCUGGUGAAUGCAAUCGAGGCCGCCGAUGCUUACACGGUGUUCGCCCCCAACAAUGACGCCAUCGAGAAUUACGUCAGGGAGAAGAAAGUCACAACUCUAGAGGAGGACAUAGUGCGGUAUCACGUGGUCCUGGAUGAGAAACUCCUGAAGAAUGACCUGCACCAUGGCAUGCACCGGGAGACCAUGCUGGGUUUCUCCUACCUCCUCGGCUUCUUUCUCCACAACAACCAGCUCUAUGUAAAUGAGGCUCCAAUCAACUAUACCAAUGUAGCCACUGACAAGGGUGUGAUCCAUGGCUUGGGGAAAGUUCUGGAAAUUCAGAAGAAUAGGUGUGAUAAUAAUGACACAAGCAUUGUACGAGGCAAGUGUGGAAAGUGUCCGCAGCAGCCGAUCUGCCCAUUUGGGACUAAACCUCUGGGUGGUGAGACGAGGAGAUGUAUCUACACCAUAUAUUUCAUGGGAAAGCGUUCCCCAUUCAUUGGAUGCCAGCCAAAGUGUGUGAAAACUGUCAUUACCAGGGCGUGCUGCGCUGGCUUCUUUGGGCCCCAGUGCCAGCCCUGCCCAGGGAAAGGACAGGAUGUCUGCUUCGGUAACGGGAUCUGCUUGGAUGGUGUGAACGGCACAGGCACCUGUGAGUGCGGGGAGGGCUUCAGUGGGACGGCCUGUGAGAACUGCGUCGAGGGCAAAUAUGGCAUCCACUGUGAUCAAGCAUGUUCUUGUGUCCAUGGAAGAUGCAACCAAGGACUCUCGGGUGACGGCUCCUGUGAGUGUGAUGUCGGCUGGCGAGGAGUGAAAUGUGACAGUGCCAUCACAAAAGACAGCUGCAAUGGGACAUGCCACACCAGUGCCAACUGCCUUCUCAACCCAGAUGGCACGACCUCAUGUAAAUGUGCAGCAGGAUUCCAAGGGAACGGGACAGUUUGUACAGCCAUUGACGCCUGUGAGAUCAGCAAUGGGGGCUGCUCUGCCAAGGCCUACUGUAAAAGGACCACCCCAGGAAGCCGGGUGUGCGUGUGCAAGGCGGGCUACACGGGCGACGGCAUCGUGUGCCUCGAAAUCAACCCGUGCUUGGAGAACCAUGGUGGCUGUGACAGGAACGCAGAAUGCACACAGACGGGACCCAACCAGGCCGUCUGUAACUGCUUGCCCACGUACACGGGAGACGGGAAGGUCUGCACGCUCAUCAAUGCCUGCCUGAUAAAAAACGGCGGCUGUAGUGAAUUUGCGAUCUGCAAUCACACUGGAAAAGAAGAAAGGACUUGCACCUGUAAGUCGAACUAUACCGGGGAUGGAUUCACCUGUCGUGGCAAUAUCUAUCAGGAGCUUCCCAAGGACCCAAAAACUUCGCAGUAUUUCUUCCAGCUGCAGGAGCACUCUGUGCGGGACCUGGCUGGCCCCGGCCCCUUCACUGUCUUUGCUCCUCUAUCUGCAGCCUUUGACGAGGACCUGCGGCUGAAAGCCUGGGACCAACAGCGCCUAAUGCCCCAGGUUCUGCGUUACCAUGUGGUCGCCUGCCACGAGCUGCUUCUGGAAAACCUGAAACUGACCCCAAAUGUCACUUCCCUCCAAGGAGAGCCGAUUGUCAUCUCCGUGUCUCAGGAUGCCGUGUAUAUAAAUAAUAAGGCUAAGGUCAUAGCCAGCAAUAUCAUCACCACUAAUGGAAUCAUCCAUAUCAUAGACAAACUACUGUCUCCCCAGAACCUGCUCGUCACUCCGAGAGACGCCUUUGGACGGAUCCUGCAAAAUCUUACGACCGUGGCGAUAAACCAUGGCUACGUCAAAUUCAGCAACUUAUUGCAGGCCUCAGGCUUGCUGAGCGUCAUCACGGACCCCAUCCACACCCCCGUCACUGUCUUCUGGCCCACGGACCACGCCCUCCAAGCUCUGCCCCCCGAGCAACAGGACUUCCUGUUCAAACAAGACAACAGGGACAAGCUGCAGGAGUACCUGAAGUUCCACGUGAUCCGGGAUUCCAAGGUCCUGGCUGUGGAUCUCCCCCGGACUGCAUCCUGGAAGACCCUGCAAGGCUCGGAGCUGAGUGUGAAAUGUGGAGCUGACAGUGGCAUUGGCGAGCUCUUUCUGAACGGUCAAAUGUGCAGAAUUGUGCAGCGGGAGCUCUUGUUCAAUCUGGGCGUGGCCUAUGGCAUCGACUGUCUGCUGAUGGAUCCCACCCUGGGGGGCCGCUGUGAUACUUUCACUACGUUCAAUGUCUCGGGAGACUGUGGGAGCUGUAUCAAUACCCCCAGGUGUCCAACAUGGAGCAAACCAAAGGGUGUGAAGCAGAAGUGUGUCUACCAGCUGCCCCUGCUGAAGAGGAAGGUGGAUGGCUGUCGGCAGCAGUGCACCCUGGUGAUCCCAGUCCUCAAGUGCUGCAAAGGCUACUUCCUCCCGGACUGUCAAGCCUGCCCUGGAGGACCAGAUACCCCGUGUAACCACCGGGGCGUCUGCCUGGAUUCCUACUCGGCCACAGGACAGUGUAAAUGCAACACCGGAUUCAACGGCACAGCGUGUGAGCUCUGCUGGCCUGGGAGAUUUGGGCCCGACUGUCAGGCCUGCAGCUGCUCAGAACAUGGACAGUGUGACGAUGGGAUCACCGGCUCGGGGCAGUGCCUCUGUGAAGCAGGGUGGACAGGCCGCUUCUGCGACACCCAGACAGUUUUGCCCCCAGUAUGCACGCCUCCUUGUUCUGCUCAUGCCACCUGUAGGGAGAACAACACGUGUGAGUGUAACUUGAAUUACGAAGGUGAUGGGGUGACAUGCACAGUGGUGGACUUCUGCAAACAGAACAACGGGGGCUGUGCCAAGGUUGCCAGGUGCUCCCAGAAGGGCACCAGAGUCUCCUGCAGCUGCCAGAAAGGCUACCAGGGUGAUGGCCGCAGCUGCACAGCCAUCGACCCCUGCGCAGACGGCCUCAACGGGGGCUGUCACGAGCACGCCACCUGCAAGAUGACCGGCCCGGGCAAGCACAAGUGUGAGUGCAAAAGUCACUACGUGGGAGAUGGGGUGAGCUGUGAGCCGGAGAAGCUGCCCCUGGACCGCUGCCUGCAGGACAACGGGCAGUGCCACGCGGACGCCAGCUGCACCGACCUCCACUUCCAGGAUACCACUGUCGGGGUGUUCCACCUCCGCUCCCCACUGGGCCAGUACAAGCUGACCUUUGACAAAGCCAGAGAGGCCUGUGCCAAUGAGGCUGCAACCAUGGCCACCUACAACCAGCUCUCCUACGCCCAGAAGGCCAAGUACCACCUCUGUUCAGCAGGCUGGCUGGAGAGUGGACGGGUUGCCUACCCCACAGCCUAUGCUUCCCAGAACUGUGGCUCAGGGGUCGUUGGAAUAGUGGACUACGGACCCAGACCCAACAAGAGUGAAAUGUGGGAUGUCUUCUGCUAUCGGAUGAAAGACGUGAACUGCACCUGCAAGGAGGGCUACGUGGGCGACGGCUUCUCAUGCAGCGGGAACCUGCUCCAGGUCCUAAUGUCCUUCCCUUCGCUCACCAACUUCCUGAAGGACCUGCUGGUCUACUCCAACAGCUCCGCCAGAGGCCGGGCGUUUCUCAAGCACCUGACGGACCUGUCACUCCGCGGCACCCUCUUUGUGCCCCAGAACAGUGGGCUGGGGGAAAACGAGACCUUAUCUGGGCGGGACAUCGAGCACCACCUCGCCAACGUCAGCGUCAUCCUUUACAAUGACCUGGUCAAUGGCACGGUCCUGCGGACGAGGCUGGGGAGCCAGCUGCUCAUCACCUCCAGCCGGGACCAGCUCCACCUGGAGGAGACCAGGUUCGUUGAUGGAAGAGCCAUCGUGCAGUGGGACAUCUUUGCCUCCAAUGGGAUCAUUCACGUGAUCUCCACGCCUUUAAGAGCACCCCCUCCCCCAAAGACUCCGACCCACGCUGGCCUGGGCACCGGGAUAUUCUUUGCUGUCAUCCUGGUCAGCGGCGCUGUUGCUCUGGGUGCCUAUUCUUACUUCCGGCUGAACCAUAGACUAAUCGGCUUCCAGCAUUUUGAGUCGGAAGUGGACAUCGGCGUUGGGGCUCUGGGCAAGCAGCAGCCUGAGAAUAUCUCGAACCCCAUGUAUGAGAACACAGCCUCCGUGCCCCCAGAACCUGCCUACGACCCCUUUGUGGACUCAGACGAGCAGCCACUGGAGAGCAGCGACCCCUUGGGUCUCUGAUGUGAGCAGACACCAUCACCCACCGAGAACCUCGGCAAGAAGGCUGUUAGCCGUGAACUCCUGGCACCACUGCCUCUGGGAAGGGGAGGUCCUUGGCAUUCUGAAGCACUCAACACCAGUACCUCCUCCCUGUGGUUAAUCUGGACGUGGGGGACGUCUUGUUUCUGUAGGUGAGGGACCACAGCACUGAGACCAGCCAAGGGGCUUCUCCCUUCUCCGAGCCGCCUCUGUCCCCAUCAGAUGCCCCUCACGGCAGUAACUGGGACCCCACUUAUCUGUGAGAUUGUGAGCUCCCGAAGGCAGCGCCAGGCCCCCUUUGUGUUUGUAUCCCAGUACCUGAUAUAGGAAAUGCGCUCCAGAAAUGCUUAUGGAACAGAAAUAAAGUCAGUGAGACCAGU